UGUCUUCAUAACGGAAAUCUGUCUGCAAUCUAAAGAUGUGCCUUUCUUAACAACACGUUGUCUCAUUGUUUUCCAGCAGCACCUCGUCUAAGGGACUUACGCAAUGGACAAAAACACUGUGCUGACUCAUAUCCUGAAGCCGAAUGGCAUGUCAACAAUCCUCGGUGGAGAGCUGCCUGUCAGUGUGAUAAACAACAAUAAGUACAUAUCCCAGCUGACUCCUGAAGCUCCGCUGACAGAUGGAAAUGUAGACGACAACUUGUCCUCCCUUGAUCAUGCCAUCCUCGCCGCUCUGUCUGGUGAAAUCAGGACUGUGAUACUGAUGGGUGCAGAAGGCUCGGGUAAAACCACUGCACUGGAGAAGCUAGUUGUGGAUUGGGCCAGAGGUGAACACCUUCAAAAUUUUGCUUAUGUCUUCUAUUUCCGGCUGAGGGAGAUAAGUUCUCUUGAAGGCAUGCUGUCAUUGGAGACAUUAAUGCAACACCAUCACAGUCAUAUCUCUUCUGAGUCCAUGCCCCGAGUUCUGCAGAAGCCUGAGGAUGUGUUGUUUGUUUUUGAUGAUCUGGAUCAAUACAAACUUAACCUGGACCCCUCAGUCCACACCCUCUGCUCUGACCCCAGCCAGGCAGUCUCAGUGUCCUGUUUGAUAGCCAGUCUGCUUCACGGAUCGCUGCUGAAAGGAGCUGCCUUUAUGGUGGCAACCAGGCCGACUGGAUGUCUGACAUGCCUGAGUGGCACCCGGGUGGAAGUGUUGGGGUUUCUGAAGCCCCAAAGAGAGGCUUAUUUUAACGGGUUCUUUACUGACCCAGUUGCUGCCAAUAAAGCACUGAUGCACAUGGAAAAGACUCUAGGUUUUUAUGAUUUCUGUACCUCUCCUAGAUUCUGCUGGACAGUUUGCUCUAUUUACAAGACUCUGAUGAAUGCUGGAGCAAAACUUCCUGAAACAUUAUCUCAGUUGUUUGUGGAUAUCCUGGUUCACCUGAUUCAACCACUCUCGCUGGACAAGGCCUGCAACAGAGAACUGGUGCUGGCCCUUGGCAGGAUGGCUUCUCAUUGCUCUCUUGGCCAACAUUUGAGCUGCACCAAAGAGGAACUUGAUUCCUUUGGUUUGCAACGAUUUAUUGCAUCAGUUGGUGUUUUCUUGCAAGUAGAUGGUGACCUGGAGUCAGACACAUGUGUUUUCUCUUUCACCUCCCAGCUGAUGCAGGAGUUCAUCUUAGCUGUGUCUUUCUUUUUGGACAAGUCAACAUCUGAGGGAGUGGAGAAGAUGUUGGAAGAGCACAAAGGUCAUGCAAAAUUUCUAGAUCUCUUCUUGUCAGGGCUCUCAGAGCCAAUUCAGUGCAGACCACUGGAGACCCUGCUGGGGGAGUUAAACCCAGACCAGGUCAUGAAUUUCAAAAGUUGGUUUAAAAGCAGCUCAGAGGAAACACUGAAGGGAUUUUUCAAAGACAGGCACCACCGGUGCUUCCAUCUGCUUCAUCAAGCUCAAAAUAAGAGUUUGGUGAAAGAGAUCAUCACCCCAUCAGCACGAAUAGGCAUCAGCUAUGGCGACCUGAACCUUCAGGACUGUGUAGCUCUGAACUAUGUCAUCACGUGCCUUGGUGAGAUGAAGCUGUUGAAUCUGUACAGAACAAGGAAUUUGACAGAGGAGCAAGCAGAAGUCCUCGCUCCAGCUAUGAGCUUAUCACACAAGAUACUCUUGGCAGACAGCUCCUUGAGCGCAGGGGCUGUCCCUCACCUGGCUUCAGCUCUCAGCAGAGGACUCACCGAGAAGCUGGAUAUUACUUAUACCCGCCUCGGAGAGGAAAAGUUUAAAAUUCUCUGUGCUGGACUCAGGGACUGCAAACUGCACAACUUGAAUCUUCAAGUAUGCAGACUGACUGAGGCCAGCUGUGAAGAUCUGGUGUUAGUGCUGACCUCAGCCGCCUCUCAGCUGUGUGUGUGUGAUAUAAGUUUUAAUGAGUUCGAGGACCAGGGCUUGAUGAAACUGUGCAAAGCACUCCAUAGUCCUCACUGCAGACUACAGCAGCUCUACCUGCAAAGCUGUGAGUUGACUGCAGCAUCCAUGGAAGCUUUAUCAGCGGCUUUGUGUUCUGGCAAUUCAGAGCUGAGAGAAUUGGGCCUAGCACGAAACACGAUCGGUGACAGUGGAGUGGAGGCUUUGUGCAAGGCCCUGCAACACCGACUUUGUAAACUGCAAAGCCUCAAACUGUCUGAUAAUGAGCUGACGGGUGUGUGCUGUCCUCAUUUGAUGGAGUCCUUGAUGUCAGAGCACUGCGUUCUGUCAGAGCUGGAUCUGUCAGUGAAUGAUUUGGGCCAGGAGGGUGUGCUGCUGCUCUGCCAAGCCCUCAGUCAACCCGGAUGUCCAAUGGAAAAACUCGGGCUGAAACGAUGUGAGUUAACCCAGCCGGUCUUCAAGGAACUGGGCUCACUGCUGAGAAGUGGGAAUUCGCAGCUUAAGUCCCUUUUUGUAGGUGUGAAUCAAGUCGGAAACCAAGGAGUUAAACAUCUUUGGGAUGCUGUUGCACAUCCAAGCUGUCUGUUGGAGGAACUUGAUGUUGAAAUGACUGCUCUGACAGACAGCUGUGUUGAGGACUUGUGUGCUGCUGUAAGAGCCAGUAAGACUUUGAAGAACCUGGAACUGAGAAACAACUCUCUGACUGAUGCUUCUGUCCCAGCCCUUAUCCGAGUCAUGGAGGACAGCCCCAACAUGCAGGAGAUGAACCUGCAGUACAACGACCUCAGUGAGGAGGCUUUCAACAUGUUGCCCGAGUGUGAUAAAAUAAGAUACUGAAGAAGGUGGACUAGUCCAUCC